CGUUCGGUUGUUUGCUGUACCGACGACGAACGUCGACAAAAUGGUCAUUGGUUUUGCUGUCGAUUCACAUCAGUUACGUUCACGUCGUCGUUUACGUCAGUCGUCAGCACAGAAAUAAGCGCAAGUGGGAAAAAUUGAAUUGUUCGUUUUGCUAUCGGAAGAUAAAAUAAGAAUUCCUGUUUGGCUGGUUGAAGACAUUUUGAUAGUGUGACCAACCAACCGCCUGACCCACCAUCCACCCCCUUCUCCAAGCUGGCAUAGAAAGUGGGAGAGUGUAUGUGGGACACAGUUUGAGAUUUCCACCAACAACAAAAAAAAGAGAAUCGAAAUUAUUUGCUGUCGCUAGGAAAAUUAAAACCUUUGUCUGAAGUCACCAGCCAAAGCCUACUUGGCGCAUAACAAACAUCAUUAUCGUCGGCAAAAGUCACACUGUGACGUCGCAGUUAAUUGUCAAAAGGAACGGAAAAUUACGUUACCAUUUUGCGUUCUCAGAGCGCGGUUGGUAAAAGAGAAAAUUUCCAGUUUAAUUUUUUUUUGGGAAAAAGGCGCUAAAGUUUGCAGAGAAGUUAACGUCGCCAUAUCAGAAAAUUAGUAAAGCAAAUAUUGACAAGGAAAACCCCCCAAAGAAAUUUCCUUGGCAAAGCUCAUAUCAUGGUGGACAAAAUGGAUGCGAAUAUGGAACAGCAGUUCGAUCUGAGCCUCAUCGAGGCAGUGAAAAUGAAUCCUGUGAUUUAUGAUCGUUCCCAUUAUAAUUACAAGCAUUUUGUGCGAAAGGCCCAGGUCUGGAAGCAGAUAUCGGAGCAACUUGGUAUGCCUGAACAAAAAUGCACCAAACGCUGGAAAAGUUUGCGCGACAAAUUCGCCCGAGAAAUGAAAUUGAGCACGGAAUCCCGUUGGCGCUACUUCAAACAAAUGAGUUUUCUUGUCGAAUCCAUCAGGCAAUACCGUGAAUCUUUAUUAGGCAAAUGUGGCCCAUUACCUCCGGCUCAGGCAGCAAAUCAGGUGGCACAAGUUGACCACAAUCAACAACAGGCCCAACAGCAGCAACAUGUUGUCGACACCAUGUUUCCCCUAAAUGGGGCGGCGGCCACCUCGCAACAGGCUUUACAAAAUCAUCAUGUUGAAAUAACCGUUACCAGUGAUAAUCAAUUAACGGCCACCACAACACCCGCCUCGGGCAAAGAACAAAAACAAACCUUUUACUAUGAAGUGCCCAUGAAACGAGAACGUACCGAAGAUGAACUGUUCCAUGAGAGUAUGUUGAAUAAUCUGAAAUCGAAACAAAAUCAACAGGGUGUCAGUGCCGAAGAUCAGUCGUUCGGUGUUGUCGUCACCGAUAUGCUGAAUACAUUGGGUGUGCGGCAAAAAGCCGAGGCCAAAGUCCACAUAAUUAAAUACCUUACCGAUAUGCAGUUGCUGGCUCAACACAAUAAAUAUUAGGAAAUCUA